AUGAAUAAGCAGGAAAUUCCCUUUCUUUCCGCUACCGAACUGGCUGGCCUGAUCAGGUCACGCGAGGUCUCACCGGUGGAGGCCACCGAGGCUUACCUGGAAAGAAUCGCCCAGGUAGAUGGCAAGCUCAACUCCUAUAUCACAGUAUGCAGUGACGAAGCCCUGGCCGCAGCCCGUCAGGCCGAGCAGGAAAUAGGGUCUGGCAACUACUGCGGCCCCAUGCACGGAAUCCCGGUGGCGGUCAAAGACCAGCUCAACAGCCAGGGCAUACGCACCACCGGAGGCUCUUCCAUCCUGGCAGAUAACGUACCCGACGAAGAUGCCACGGCCAUUGCCAGGCUCAAGGAAGCCGGAUCUGUCUUACUGGGCAAACUAAAUAUGAGUGAAUUCGCCAGUGGCGAUGCCUUCCACCAUCCGUACGGCCGCCCCCGGAAUCCUUGGGACCUGGACCGAAACCCCGGCACAUCAAGCAGCGGGUCCGGGGCCGCCACUGCCGCUUUCCUGUGCGCCACCUCCCUCGGUGAAGAUACUGGAGGCUCCAUCCGGGGCCCGGCCACGUUCUGCGGACUUGUCGGGAUUCGGCCAACCUGGGGACGCGUCAGCCGCUAUGGGAUGCAGGCGGCGGCUUGGUCAAUGGACACCGCAGGACCAAUCUCCCGCACCGUUUCCGAUUGCGCCAUGACCCUGGAAGCCAUUGCCGGCCACGACCCGAAGGACCCAUAUACGUGGGACACGCCUGUGCCUAAUUACCAGGCCAACUUGUCAGACGACAUCAGGGGUCUGAAGGUAGGCGUGGUAAAAGAACGGGUAUACACCGACGUGGUUGAUUCCGAAGUAGGGGAGUCGGUCAUUCGGGCCAUAGCCCGCCUUGGUGAACUGGGCGCGGACAUAGAGGAAGUCUCCCUUCCAAUGAUGGUCCACUCCGCCGCCGUUUCCAGCUUGAUCAUAAUGGUAGACGCCGCCUCUUUGCACAGGGAAGGCCUCGCCACUCACCUGGACCAGUACGAUUACAACAACCGGAUUAGGCUGCUGGCUGGCAGCAUCGUCCCGGCCCAGGCGUACCAGCGGGCUCUCAAAGCCCGCCAGGCCCUGCGCCAGGAAAUCUUGGAUGCCCUUAACCAGGUGGAUGUGCUGGUCAUGCCUACCUCGUCCAUUCCCGCCUCCCUGAUACCUGACAGGGCUGGCAUCAACAGCAAGCAGGAAGUCCUGGACGGUUACGCCGGCCGCCGCAGCUUCACUUCACCCUUCAACCUCGCCAGCGUGCCAGCGCUAUCAGUGCCCUGCGGGUUCACGGGAAGCAACCUGCCCAUAGGCCUGCAAAUAGCCGGCCGCCCCUUCGACGAGCAAACGGUGUUCAACACGGCCUACGCCUACGAACAAUCCAACGACUGGUACAAGAUGCACCCGGACAUUUAG